CCAUGCAUUCGAGGUCACCGCGCUACAUCUUGCGCUCACACGGAUCGAAUUUUGAUAGAGUGAUUCCCAAUCCGACAACCCCGCAACAGCUCGGAGCAGAACCAGACCUCAACUUCAUCGUCACGACACCUCCAUCUCUACCAUCCGCAUCCUCGAGAACUUCAAGCCGAGCCGGCAACAAGUCGAAAGUCGUCAAGAAGAGCUCUUCUCGGAAGAAAGCCGAAACGUCCUUGGCGUCUCCGCCUCGGAAAAGGGGCUCUCGCGAAACAUCCACAUUGAUCGACGAUAACACGGACACUCGAAGCUACAGUACCAGUACAAUGACCUCGUCUCCUGGUAUCCAAGAUUCGGAAUAUGGGUUUCAGCAGCAAGAUCAGAGAAGCUUCCAAGCACCACCUAUGCAAUAUCUUCCGCCGAUGAUGCAUGAUGAUUACUUGCAGUAUCAGGGGAUGGGAAACAUUGGUCCUCAGACGGGAAUGGGCUACGAUUUUCCGCCGCAGCAGCAGCAGUACCAGGGCCCGUCGCCAGAUUAUUCGAGUAGAAUCGAGGAUGUAAGGAGAGCGCCAAGUGAACAGGAUCAGGAGGGCGAGGGGACGGAGGUUAGAUCGCAGUAUAUUGUUGCUUCACCAGAUAGCAUUUGGAGGGCUGCGCCGCAAUAA